CCAGCGAGGCCGGACAUGGACAUGUUGGAGGGUCUGUUCGGCAGCGAUGCAGAGUCCGAAAAUGAGCCGAAAGGAGACGACUCUGGAUCUGGCUCUGACUCCGAACCAAAAAACGCCCCUCAUGUUAGUAAUGCUUCUGCGAGUGACAGUGAACGGGAUGAUGAUGACGAGGGACAUUCUGCUUUAAAACCCAGCAACAGGGAACUUUUUGGAGAUGACAGUGAGGAUGAAGCUGGGUCCCAACACAGUGGUAGUUACAACCAUUCAGAAAGGUCUGAUAAUCAGUCUGAAGGUAAUGCCCACUCUGAUCAAGAAGAACACGAUCAAUCAGAUGCUGAACAGCACAGUGGGUCUGAAAACUUUCAGGAUGAAGAUGAUGAUAGAGGCCACCGAUCUGACCGCAGCAGCCAUCACUCUGAUGCCGAAGGGUCAGAAAAAGAUGUCCAUUCUGAAGAUGAAAAAUGGGGCAGUAAGGGUAGAAGUGACCAGUCUGAUGAUGAUGAGGAGAAGAUUCAGAACUCAGAUGAUGAGGAGAAGAUUCAGAACUCAGAUGAUGAAGCACAGCAUUCAGAUGAUGACAGAAAUAUGAGAUCAGAUGAAGAGAUGCACAAACAAUCUGAUGGAGAAGACCAUGAAAACCAACAGUCUGAUGAGGAGGAUCGCAGACAUCAUUCUGAUGACGAUGACCAGAGACAUUCCGAUGAUGAGAGACUGCAUUCAGAUGGUGAAGAUCAGGAUUACCAUCAGCGGUCAGAUGAUGAUGAUGAUGAACCAAAGAUUCAGAAUUCAGAUGAUGAACAGGAACAACAGCAGUCAGAUGAAGAGCAGCAGCAUUCUGACGAUGAAGACCACAAGCAGAGGCGACAUUCAGAUGACGAGCAGAGGCGACAUUCAGAUGACGAGCAGAGGCGACAUUCAGAUGACGAGCAGAGGCGACAUUCAGAUGACGAGCAGAGGCGACAUUCAGAUGACGAGCAGAGGCGACAUUCAGAUGACGAGCAGAGGCGACAUUCAGAUGACGAACUUGACGGCCAUCGCUCCGAUGAUGAGCAACAGCAUUCAGAUGGUGAAGAGCAGGAGCAAAAAUCAGUAUCAGGAAAAGGAAGCGAUAGUGAAGAAGAGAUUGUGCGGCAGAGGCCUAAGAAGAAGAAGAAGAGGAGACAGUCAGACUCUGAGUUGGAUAGUGAUGGAGAAACGCCAAAAGAGGGGAAAAAAGGUGCCUCUGAUUUGUUUGGAGAUGCAGAUGAUAUUUCUUCAGAUAGUGAUGCUGAAAUGAAGCCUCCAACUCCAGGCCAACCAAUGGAUGACUAUGGAAUCGACCAAGAUCAUCCUGAAGAGGAGCCCGCACCGGAGACCAGGAUAGAAGUAGAGAUCCCCAAAGUGAACACAGACCUUGGAAAUGACUUAUAUUUUGUGAAGCUUCCUAACUUUCUCAGUGUUGAGCCCAGACCCUUUGAUCCUCAAUAUUACGAGGAUGAGUUUGAAGAUGAAGAAAUGUUGGAUGAAGAAGGAAGAACCAGGUUGAAACUAAAGGUUGAAAAUACCAUCAGGUGGAGAACACGCAAGGACGAGGAAGGAAAUGAUAUUAGGGAGAGUAAUGCACGGAUUGUUAAAUGGUCAGAUGGCAGUAUGUCCUUGCACUUGGGUAAUGAAGUAUUUGAUGUGUAUAAAGCUCCAUUACAAGGAGACCACAACCAUCUUUUUAUCAGACAAGGAACAGGUUUACAAGGUCAGGCUGUAUUCAAGACCAAGCUGACGUUCAGGCCUCAUUCCACCGACAGCGCCACUCACAGGAAGAUGACCCUGUCCCUUGCAGACAGAUGUUCUAAGACUCAAAAGAUCAGGAUUCUUCCGAUGGCAGGACGUGAUCCAGAGUCUCAAAGAACAGAAAUGAUUAAGAAAGAAGAAGAGAGACUGAAAGCAUCAAUCCGCAGAGAGUCACAGCAGCGCAGAAUCAAAGAAAAGCAGCACCAGCGUGGUCUAAGCGCUAAUUACCUGGAGCCUGACCGCUAUGAUGAUGAAGACGAAGGAGAAGAGUCGAUAAGCCUGGCGGCCAUCAAGAACAGAUAUAAAGGAGGGAGAGAGGAAAGAGCCCGUAUCUACUCAUCCGACAGUGAUGAAGGUUCAGAGGAUGACAAAGCUCAGAGAUUACUCAAAGCAAAGAAACUGAACAGUGAUGACGAGGAGGAGGGAGAGCCGUCAAAGAAGAGGAAGGCAGAUGAUGAAGACAAAGCCAACAAAAAGCACAAGAAAUAUGUCAUUAGUGAUGAGGAGGAUGAAGAGGAGGAUUUGUAACAUGCGUAUAUAUGUAUUUUAUGUUGUACAUAGAUGGGAUUCUGUUAAUUAAAUACAUUUUCAAAAUUCAA